AAAAUGAAUAACUUGCCGGCAAAUUCUGGACAUUCUCGUGGUCGUGGCCGCGGUAAAAAGCCAAAUGAGGAACUAAAUCGUGGAUUGUGCGCUCAAUUGGUCCAACCGUCAGAAACGUUGCAAGCACGCAAUGUUCCCGAGGCAACUGGGUCUGCCUCAGGCGGCCACCAGGAGACAAGGUACCCAAGUGUCCCAUUAAAUCCAAGCUCGACUGACGUUAUUGAAGGUGAUCCACGUGGCUCGGUUCGAGGUCGUAGAUUGAUAACCUCGGAUAUAAUACGUUCGCGCCCUAGUGGUUUGAUUACGAAGUCGGGGACAACAGGAAAAAAAGUAGCGGUACAAAGCAAUUAUUUUAAAUUGCUAAAGCGUCCAAACUGGACACUUUAUGUGUACCGAGUGGACUUUUCGCCGGAUGUGGACAACACUAGCCUACGUCGCGGGCUUUUGAGCGAGCACCGAAAUCUGUUUGGUGGGUACAUUUUCGACGGAACCGUUAUGUACUGUACAACCAAGUUCCCGGACGUACCUAACAGUCCCUACGUAUUGGAUUUACUAACCAAGAGUCGUGCUGGCGAGAACAUUCGCGUGAUGAUAAAAAGUGUUGGCAUCGUUGACAUUGCGGAUGCACAACAGGUUCAAGUCCUCAACUUGAUUUUACGCCGCGCCAUGGAAACCUUGAAGCUCCAGUUGGUCUCGCGCAACUAUUUUGAUCCCCAAGCAAAGAUUGUCUUGGACAAUUUUCGUAUGGAAUUGUGGCCUGGAUACACAACUUCUAUUCGCCAACAUGAAUCUGACUUAUUGCUAUGUGCAGAGAUUGCACACAAAGUCAUGAGAACGGAUACCUUGUAUCAUAUAUUAUCCAAGAGCAUUCAGGAAAGUGACGAUUAUCAGGACUCCUUUAAGCGGCAGGUUAUCGGCAUGAUCGUAUUAACGGAUUACAAUAAUAAGACUUAUCGCAUUGAUGAUGUUGAUUUCGCAUCAUCACCCAUGACAAAGUUUGAGACGAAGGACGGGGAAGUCUCCUUUUUGGAGUACUAUAAGAAACGGUAUAACAUCCAUAUUCGUGAUUUUAAACAACCGUUGUUGGUGUCCCGUCCAACUGAGAAGAACCUUCGUGCAGGAGUCGAUCAAUUGAUAAAACUCAUUCCGGAGUUGGCACGGGCAACUGGGUUAACGGACAAUAUGCGAGCGGACUUUAAACUGAUGAAAGCAAUGGCUGAGCACACCAGAAUGACACCAGAUCGUCGCAUUGAUCGCUUGCGCGUCUUCAAUGAUCGAUUGCAGAGGUCGGCGGGUAGCGUAGAGUUGCUUAAAUCAUGGAAUAUGAAAUUGGAUUCGGCUCUCGUGGAGAUACCCGCUAGAGUUCUGCCUCCACAGAAGAUAUUACUUGGAAACCAACAGUUUUAUCUAUGCGAUAAUCGCGCCGAUUGGACAUUUGAGUUUCAAAAGAAGCCAAUGUUUACUCAAGUUGCAAUUAAGCGGUGGUACGUCAUCACACCCCGUCGCAGUCUGCGCGAAACUCAAGAAUUCGUUAAGUUGAUCAUUCGGGCAGCGAACAAUAUGAAAAUGCAUGUUGCCGAGCCACGAUACGACGAACUGUCCGACGAUCGCAAUGCCAACUAUUCGCAAUCCAUAGAUAGUUGCGUGGCAAAGGAUCCCCAAUUAAUGAUGAUAGUCAUCAAGACUCAAAAUGAGGAAAAAUACAGCUGCAUUAAGAAGCGCACGUGUGUUGAUCGCCCAAUUCCAUCACAGGUGGUAACACUCCGCACCAUUGCACCACGUCCGGAUAAAUCCAGCGGUUUAUUUUCAAUUGCAACGAAAGUAUUGAUACAGAUGAACGCCAAAUUAAUGGGUGCUCCUUGGAUGAUUGAAAUGCCAUUAAAUGGACUAAUGACUGUCGGAUUUGACGUCUGCCACUCAUCCAAGAAUAAAAACAAGUCGUACGGUGCUCUUGUGGCCACAAUGGAUAUUAAAACGUCAACAAGAUACUAUUCGUCAGUAACGGAGCACAUGAAGGGACAGGAACUAUCAGAUCAAUUGGCAUUAAAUAUGACGUGUGCGCUUAAGGCAUAUCGAGAACACCACGGCACCUUGCCGGAGAGAAUACUGUUCUACCGCGAUGGAGUCGGGGAAGGGCAACUCCAUCAAGUAUUCAAUACCGAAGUCAAAUUUCUGAAAGAGCAAUUGGACAAAAUUUAUAAAUCGGCUGGCAAAGAGGGGGGAUGCCGAUUGGCCUUUAUAGUUGUUGCGAAGCGUAUCAACACACGCUAUUUUGUUAACAAGCGCAAUCCAGAACCUGGAACGGUGGUCGAUGACAUAAUAACGCUCCCGGAGUACUAUGACUUCUUCCUGGUGUCCCAAGCUGUUAGACAGGGCACCGUUACGCCUACACACUACAAUGUCAUCCACGACAACAUGGGCUUAAAUGCCGACAAGCUCCAGCUACUCACAUUUAAGAUGACCCACCUUUACUACAAUUGGUCCGGCACUCUGCGCGUUCCUGCAGUUUGCCAAUAUGCCCACAAAUUGGCAUUCUUAAUCGCUGAGAGCAUCCACCGAGCACCAUCGCCUGGGUUGGAGAACCAGCUGUACUUUUUGUAAUGACGAUUCAAUGCACUACAAUGUCAUUUAUGAAAUCUAUUUAGUUUAUACAUAAUCAAGGGUGUUCCAGAAGUGUUAACCAAAUAAUUAUGUAUUUGUUUGGUUUGUUUUUCUGAAACGCCCCUGAAUAUUCCUAUUUUGACUCACUGAAGAUGUUAACAAUUUUAGUACAAGAUUGUGUAUUAUAUGACGAGCUUGAUUUAAAAACUGAAUAAAUGAUUUUUUGUUUUCCAUCCGUA